AUGUUCCUGACGCUAACGACAAGGUUCCUGUCGGUGAGCACAAGGUUCCUGUCGGUGAGGACAAGGUUCCUAGUGGUGAGGACAACGUUCGUGGCGGUGAGGACAAGGUUCCUGGCGGUGAGGAAAAGGUUCCUGGCGCUGACGACAAUGUUCGUGCCGUUGAGGACAAGCUUUCUGCCGUUGAGGACAAGGUUUCUGGCGGUGAGAACAAAAGUUCCUGGCGGUGAGGACAAGGUUGCUGGCGGUGACCACAAGGUUGCUGGCGGUGAGGACAACGUUCCUGCCGGUGAGGACAAGGUUCCUGGCGGUGAGGAGAAGGUUCCUGGCGAAGAGGACAAGGUUCCUGGCGAUGAGGACAAGGUAUCUGGCGGUGAGGAGAUUGUUCCUGCCGGAGAGGACAAGGUUCCUGGCGGUGAGGACAAAUUUCCUGCCGGUGAAGACUAGGUUCCUGCCCGUGAGAACAAGGUUCCUGCAGUGAGGACAAGAAUACUGGCUUUGAGGACAAGGUUCCUGGCGAUGAGGACAAAGUUCCUGGCGGUGAGGACAAGGUUCCUGGCGGUGAAGACAACUUUCCUGGUGGUGAGGACAAGGUUCCUGGUGGUGAGGACAAGGUUCCUGGCGGUGAGGACAAGGUUCCUGGCGGUGAAGACAACUUUCCUGGUGGUGAGGACAAGGUUCCUGGUGGUGAGGACAAGGUUCCUGGCGCUGACGACAAGGCUGCUGCCGCUGAGGACAAGCUUUCUGCCGUUGAGGUCAAGGUUCCUGCCGGUGAGAAGAAAAGUUCCGGGCGGUGAGGACAAGAUUGCUGGCGGUGAGGACAAGGUUGCUGUCGGUGAGGACAAGGUUCCUGGUGGUGAAGAGAAGGUUGCUGGUGGUGAGGACAAGGUUGCUGGCGGUGAGGACAAGGUUCCUGGUGAAGAGGACAAGGUUCCUGGCGGUGAGGACAUGGUUCCUUGCGGCGAGGACAAGGUUCCUGACGCUGAGGACAAGGUACCUGUCGGUGAGGACAAGGUUCCUGUCGGUGAGGACAAGAUUCCCGGCGGUGAGAACAAGGUUCCUUGCCGUGAGGACAAGGUUCCUGCCGGUGACGACAAGGCUCCUGCCGGUGAGGACGAGCUUUCUGGCGAUGAGGACAAGGUUUCUGGCUCUUAGAACAAGGUUGCUGGCGCUGAGGACAAGGUUCCUGAUGAAGAGGACAAGGUUUCUGGGGGUGGGGACAAGGUUCCUGGCGGUGAGGAAAAAGAUUCUGACGCUGAGGACAAGGUUCCUGACGCUGAGGACAAGGUUCCUGCCGCUGAGAACAAGGUUCCUGGCGGUGACGCAAUGUUCCUGGCUGUGACGACAGGGUUCCCGGUGGUGAGGCCAAUGUUGCUGGCGUUGAGGCAAAGGUUCCUGACGCAGAGGACAAGGUUCCUGCUGUAGAGGACAAUUUUUGUAGCGGUGAGGACAAGGUUCCUGGCGGUGAGGAAAAGGAUCCUGACGCUGAGGACAAGGUCCCUGACGCUGAGGACAAGGUUCCUGUCGUUGAGGACAACGUUCCUGGCG